UUGAAGUUUACCAGAAAGAAAAAACUCUUUCCUUCAUAUACAAGAACCCCCUUUUCAUUUCCCUCUGUGCAACAAAACAAAAGUGAACUUCUCUUAUCCGAUUCUGGAGCAGAAAACUAGCUGCGGAAUCUUCAGAUUCUCAAGAAACCAAGAGAGUCUUUUUAGACAGAAUCUUCAAGAACUCGCUCAGAUCUAACCACUGUUCAAGCAAACACGGUUCUCUGAGGUAUCUAUCACAACUAUGAUUAACGUUAUGAAUCCGAUGAGAAGCGGAUCAGAGAAGGGCUUAGAUCCACAACUAUGGCAUGCGUGUGCUGGUGGCAUGGUUCGUAUGCCACCUAUGAACUCCAAAGUCUUCUACUUCCCUCAAGGACACGCCGAGAACGCUUACGACCAUGUCGAUUUCAAGAACCUCCCUAUCCCUCCUAUGGUUCUAUGUCGCGUCUUGGCCAUCAAGUACAUGGCCGACCCUGAAUCCGACGAGGUUUUCGCCAAACUCAAACUGAUUCCUCUAAAAGACAACGAUCACGAGUACAGAGACGGCGAAGAGAGCAACGGUUUGGGGAGUAAUAACAGCGAGAAAACGCCGUCGUUUGCAAAGACUCUGACUCAGUCAGAUGCUAACAACGGUGGAGGGUUCUCUGUCCCGCGCUACUGCGCGGAGACGAUCUUCCCGAGGCUGGAUUACAACGCCGAGCCGCCUGUUCAGACCAUUCUCGCGAAAGAUGUUCACGGAGAGGUUUGGAAGUUUAGACAUAUCUACAGAGGGACGCCACGUCGGCAUCUCCUCACGACCGGUUGGAGUAACUUCGUGAACCAGAAGAAGCUUGUUGCUGGAGACUCGAUAGUCUUCAUGAGAGCUGAGAAUGGAGAUCUUUGCGUAGGGAUCAGGAGGGCUAAGAGAGGAGGGAUCGGUAAUAACGGACUCGAGUAUUCAGCGGGUUGGAACCCUAUUGGUGGAAGCUACUCUUCUCUUUUGAGAGAUGAUGAGAGGAGAAGUAGCUCUUCUCUUGCGGAUAGAAAAGGAAAAGUGACGGCUGAGUCUGUUGUGGAAGCGGCUAAGCUUGCUGUUAGUGGAAGAGGUUUUGAAGUUGUGUACUAUCCUAGGGCUAGCUCGUCUGAGUUUUGUGUCAAGGCGUUGGAUGCUAGGGCUGCGAUGAGGAUACCUUGGUGCUCAGGUAUGAGGUUUAAGAUGGCGUUUGAGACGGAGGAUUCUUCGAGGAUUAGUUGGUUCAUGGGGACUGUUUCAGCUGUUAGUGUCUCUGAUCCUGUACGUUGGCCUAACUCUCCUUGGCGGCUUCUUCAGGUGGCGUGGGAUGAGCCGGAUCUACUCCAAUACGUGAAGCGGGUUAACCCGUGGUUGGUCGAGUUGGUAUCCAACGUACAUCCGAUAAUCCCUUCGUUUUCGCCACCUAGGAAAAAGAUGAGGCUACCUCAGCAUCCGGAUUACAACACUCGGAUCUCAGUACCUUCAUUCGCAAGCAACCCUCUUAUCAGAUCAAGCCCGUUAAGCUCUGUUCUGGACAAUGUUCCCGUGGGUUUACAGGGAGCCAGGCAUAAUGCUCAUCAGUACUACGGGCUAUCAUCUUCUGAUCUCCACCAUUACUACUUAAACCGACCUCAUCCUCCUCCUCCAUCAUCAACUCUCUCUGUUCCUCCGCCUCUAGGGUUUCGAAACAUCGAUAGCAAAAACGAGAAAGGGUUCUGUUUCUUGACCAUGGGGACAUCACCGUGUAAUGAUACAGAAUCUAAAAAGUCACACAUCGUGUUGUUCGGAAAGCUCAUACUACCCGAGGAGCAGAAAGGGUCAGAGAAGACGCAGCUUUCAUCAGGCGGAUCGAACCAGAACUGUGUUGCGGGUUCUUCAUCAGAAGAAGGAUCACCUUGCUCCAACAAAGCUCAUGAUGGAUUGGGUUUGGAGACAGGGCAUUGUAAAGUGUUUAUGGAGUCGGACGAUGUUGGUCGAACGUUAGACCUGUCGGUUCUUGGCUCGUACGAAGAGUUGGGUAUGAAGCUCUCUGACAUGUUUGGUAUUCAAAAGUCUGAGAUGUUGAGCUCUGUUCUCUAUAGGGAUGCAUCAGGAGCAGUCAAGUACCCAGGAAACGAACCUUUCAGUGAGUUCUUGAAGACAGCUCGGAGAUUGACGAUUCUUUCUGAGCAAGGAAGCGAGAGCGUUGUGGUAUAAGAAUGAAUCAGUGUGUUGUCUUGGAGCUUGGAAGUCAAAGCUUGAAGUUUCUGUUUAUUUUUCUUUGUUUAAAAAUAUUUAUUUUGGUUCCAUUAUUUUGGUUUAUGUAAUUUACGAAAUAUACAGUCAUUCUAUUUGCAAAUAAAAUAGAUUCAUCUUUUCUUGA